CUUCCGCAGUUGCGAUUUGCGGUUUACGAGUGGGUUACGAGUGAGCUGCGAGCGAGCUGCGGUCUGUUUCGAUGCAAGUGUAACAUUUCCGCAACUCACAAGUUCUCUGUCUUUCUCGGCAACUGCAACCGAUAAGAAACAACUCUCAGCCAAUGAGAGCGAAAUGACUGUAACCUCAACUGAGUAAACAGUUUUGUUUACCGGCUUACCGCGUGUUCCUGCUUCUUUUCGAAGAUCGAAGUGUACGAAAAAUGAAUUGCUCGCAAAAUUAUUCUGCGGCAGAGCUUGAUGCUCUGAUUUCUGCAUUAGAAAAGAAAAGAUUUCUGGUGUCAGGGGAACUUGGGCCUCUUUGUGAAACUAUUCAAGCCCAGAAGAAUGCCUGGGAUGAAGUGGCCGAGGUCGUAUCAUCCCGUGCUAUGGGGGUAACACGCACUGGUUACCAAAUAAAAAAUAAGUGGUGCGAUUUAAAAUAUCGCAUUAGAUGUUAAGCUGUCCGUAUGAAGGAGGAACGAGAGAAGACCGGUGGAGGUCGUGGCCAGACAGUUAAACUGACUUUGCAAGAGGAGAGGGUGUUGGGGCUUUUAGGGGAAGCCUACAUCAGUGGCAUCGUCGGAGAAGAAUUAGACACCUCAUACGAUUUGGAGCCGGAGCAGUCAAAUGGCUAUUUGGAGACCCUUGCUGGACCCUCAAUGACGAAUUCUAGUCUAGCUGAUGUAGAAACUGAAGUUGAUACAGUUGAGAGAACAUCCGCUGGACCACCUAGACGUAUCCUAUCAACGCCACAAGGAGUAAAGCGAAAGAUAGAAAAACCAGGAUCUUCAACCCAGCGUGUCCAAGAAUAUCGUAACAAGAAGAGAACACCAAUGAUAAACUGGGAAGAGGAUGAGGACACGCAAGUGUUGACUACUCAGAAGGAAACAAAUGAAAACAUAAAAAAAAUGAACAGAAACUUGGAAACUCUAAUCGAGUUAAAAAGAGAAAGCUUAAAAAACCAGCAGAACAUUAUGAACAACCAGGCUGUCAUUGCUAGUCUGCUGGCCAGAUCCUUAGGUUUGGAUUUGCAAACCUCAGAAUCGUAAAAAUUGGAAUGGUUUCCUGCAUUGUAUUUAUC